AUGGGUCGUCAAAAGAUUGCAAUAGAAAAGAUAGUAAACAAGAACAGGUUGAAGGUUACCUUCUCGAAACGGCGAGGAGGAUUGUUCAAGAAAGAGAAUCAAAUUAGUGUAUUAUGCGGUGCCCAAAUCGCGGUCAUCGUCAAAUCUCCGACCGGUAAAAUAUUUUUGUUCGGAAAUCCUUCUGUUGAUUCUGUUAUUCGUCAAUUUGAAAAUAGGGGUUUCGGCGAAGAUGAGUUCACUGCCGCUGGUGAAAAGGGAGAACUGCAGAAUUCUAAUUGGUGGGAAGAUGUGUAUUUGGAGAAUUUAGGGUUAGAAGAACUCAAAAAAUGUAGGGUGACAAUGCAAGUUUUAAAGAACAAUUUAUUGAAAAAGACCAAUGAUUAUGAUCAUUCGGGCGUGGUGAAUUCUUAUGAUGAUGUUUUGAUUUCCAAUCUCACUUUGGAUCAAUUUGGAGGCCUUCCUGUUUGUCAUUAUGAUCGAUCAAACUAA